AUGGCGUGUUUGCUUUAUGCCUUUGUCAGAGUUUAUGUUUUGCAUUUGCAUAUUUGCGUCGUUCUAGUGCCCCAAUUUGCCAGGUGUUUAUAGAUAGUGGUGUAAAAAGGAGAAGACAUGUAGCGACGAACUGGGGUCUACUUUUUUUCUUCAUUUUUCAAGCGGCACUGCUCUUUUUGGUAAAUUGUUUCCGUGGGAUUUUUCUUUCGGACGCAACCCUUUGUGCACCGGAAAACUAUUCCGUCAGAGCUGUGGAGAUUUAUAAACAAAAUGGAUGUGUUAAAUGGAUACAAUCUUGAUUAUUUUCCUGAAAACCUUUUAAUAGAUAUAUUGUCUUUUCUUGGAGUGCGAGAGCUUGUCAGAGCUGGGAGUGUGUGUAAGAGAUGGAGGCGUCUAGUGAAAGACCAGAGACUCUGGAGGGUGGUGGAUCUGACAGCGUGGAAAGGGGUCACAUCUCGGAUUCUGUGGGUCUUGCUCCGUCAAUACUUAGGAUGUGGCCUGCGGUGCCUUCGAAUGCGUGGUUUGCUGCUAUCUGCAAGAGGUGGGACGUUUCUGUCUGAGUCGUGGCUUAAAGCUUUGUCCACCAAGUGCCCUCGUCUGAGAAGACUUUGCCUCCUGCAUGCUGACCUCAGAAGUCUCCCUUCAUGUCAGAUUCUACCUCCAUCUCUGCAGGUCUUAGAGCUUCGCGGCUGUGAGCUGCCCCGUGGCUUUUUUGAUCAAACACUGCCGACCUUACCCCCUAACAGUGACUCGGAAGCUACAACUAGUCGGGAAAAAGUUGGGAAAGGACCUUCAGCUCAUUUCGGGAUUACUAUUGAGAGUCUGAUCCUUAACAAUGUCCCCUCGUUUACAGACCAGCACCUCCAAAGUCUGACAUCAUGGCAAAAACUGAGUCACUUGGAGUUGCGUGACACAUUUAGAAUAACAGCAAAUGGUUUGAGAAACUGUGCUGCUAAAGAUGGCGUGUCGGGGCUGGAAGGGCUUUUCAGGCUCAGGAGGCUGGAGUUGGGCAUUAUCGGUCGGCUGGGCUACCAUAUACAAAUGGCUUCUCUUGGUUUAGGCUCAGGAUGGCUCGGUUUGGAAGAGCUUAGUCUGGGAGGUAAAGAAGUGGGGCCAGGUCUGCUCUGUGCGAGCCGUCUAAACGACUUGAAACGCCUGUGUCUUUGGUCUUGUACACUUAGUAAUUUACAAAUAUGCAGAAGUUGCAGGAUGCUUCGAGGCUUAAGACGCCUUGAGUUUUUAGAUGUAGUCUUCCAGUCUCGCCAGGGUCCGUCAGAGGAGGGUAAUGCCGAGGAGGCACCAGAUGGAGAAGAAGCAGUGAGUGAGGAUAAUGGUACCAAUGAAAAUCGGAAACAAGAUGUAGUAGAUCCUAUUCCAAGUUUGCGUCGCACACUUGGAGCCAUGCUGCCAUGCUGCACUCUGGUUUUCACUAAUUGCUCAGUACAGAGUAAUGCAGAAUAAAGACUGUUCCGGUUGUUUAUGUGUCCAUGUAUAUUUACUUUCUAAUUGUAAUGAAGUCAUUAUUAGGCUAUGUCACAUCAAACUAAGGGUGUAUUCACACUUGUCCUAGUUUGGUCUUGGUCUGAGCCUAGUUUAGUUCUGUUCUAGACCAAGGGUAUUCCUGGUCUAGCCAAGUUCCAGGUUUAGACCCAUUUUAGUUCAAAUUUUGCUAUGUUUGUGCAAGUGUGAGCACACCCAAAACAACUGUAUAUUACUCAAAUGUCUGCUUUCAGAAAAUAUUAGACAACACAAUGAAAUUAAAAAUAAUACUUAAAGUUAAUUACUUUUGUAAGCUUCAAAAACACUAUUAUGAAUACAGUAAUGUCUAAUUACAUAAAGUAUCCCUAUUUUUAUCAAAUUUGAUUAUCACAGUGAGGCUGGAUUGUAGUGUCCAAUAUCUGCCCCAUAAAAAUGAAUUAUCUGACUAUACAAAAAAGGAGAGUUGUAUUAAUGGUUAUUAUAAGCCAAUAGUGUGUUAGUGUGUUUGAAGAUGUGUGUCUUUGAACACAGGUUUGGUAAAUAAAUGUAUUUUGAACAGAG